AUGAAGGGUCAACUCCCUGUUCAUCGCAUCGAGAGCUUAUCCGUCAUUGGCGGGUUUCUGGAUGGAUUACAUCUGGAGUUCGGCGAAGGGCUGAACUGCAUCAUCGGUGCGAGAGGAACCGGAAAAACGACCGCAAUUGAGUUCAUCGGGUAUGCGCUGGAUCUUCUUCCGAAUCAGGAACAUGCCGCUCAGGAUCGACGGCGAAUCGACACUCUCGUCAAACGGAACUUGAACGGCGGACGAAUCGAAGUGGGAAUUCGGACCAAGGAUCGAACGCCAUUCAAAGUGAUCCGAUCUUAUGGGGACGAACCGAUCGUCCUGGAUGAAGAUGGUGAUCCAUCUCCGGUGGCGCUGAAGUCAGGUCUUUUCCGAGCGGAGAUCUUUGGACAGAACGCGGUGGAGUUGAUUGCCGAUCGUCCGCUGUUCCAGUUGGACUUGAUCGACAGUUUCUCAAAUCAGGCGAUCGGUGAAAUCAACUCGCGUGAACGGCAACUGACCUCGAUGCUGACUGCGAACGCUCAUCAGUUGAUGCCCAUGGAGCAGGAGGUGGCUGCAAUCCGGGAAGACCUAGCUGGGCUACCAUCUCUGGAAACCAAACUCAGAGCUUUCGCGGAUGCGGCUGGCGAUGCCAGUGACGAGAUCAAUGAAGCCCAUCGUCUCAAGGGAUUACGAGAUCGUGAGUCCCGAUCUCUCCAGCGCGGACAAUCCCUGGUAGAGCAACUGCAAACUUCUGCAGAACGCCUUCGAGGCAACCUGCAAACAAGGACCAAGACGCUCUUCGAUCCGGAAGUGAAAAAGGGACCAAAUGUCGAUAUCCUGCGAGCAGUCCAUCAAUCGCUGAUGGAUUGUGGGACGGAAGUAGAUCAAUUGAUUGACCAGAUUGUCCAACGGUUGAAUACGGCAGCCCAGUCGGUCAGCGAACAUUCGAACAUCCUUUCGCACCAGCACAAAGAACAGGAACUGGCAUUUCGAGCCACGAUUGAGAAACACCAGCAGGCUCAGAAGCAGGCAGCGGAUCGGUCCGCAUUGGAGAAACAGCGGAACGAUCUGCUUGCCAAACAGCGACUACUGGAAGAACGCCAACAAGAGAUUCAAUCGCUCUAUGCCGAGCGCCGUCGGCAACUGCAGCAAUUGAUCGAGGUCCGGGACGAACGUUUCGAUAUUCGCAAUCAGAUUGCGGAUCGCAUUAACGAACAGCUCUCUCCAACGAUUCGCGUGACGAUCCAACAGGAUGGAGAUCUCAACGAAUACAAAUCACUCGUCGAAGGCCAACUGCGCGGCGGAGGGCUGAAACAUGGCGUCGCCGCCGAGAAAAUCGCCAAGGCGCUGACACCUGCAGAACUCGCGGAAGUCGUCAGAAAACGAACGACGGAUGUUCUGGUUGACCGGGCGGAACUGACAUCCGAUCAGGCCAGCAAAGCAAUGGCCAACCUGAGCGAUGCCGAGUUCCUGUUCGAGCUGGAAACCGUUCAGUUGGGCGAUCAGCCGUUGAUCGAACUCAAAGAUGGUGAUGACUAUAAGGAUACGUCAUCGCUGUCAACCGGUCAGAAAUGCACGGCAAUUCUGCCCAUCCUGCUUCUGGAAAAUGAAAACCCGCUGAUCAUCGACCAGCCAGAAGACAACCUCGACAACCGUUUCAUUUUCCAGACCGUUGUCGAAAGCGUGGCUCGGGUGAAGCCGAAACGGCAACUGAUCCUGGUGACUCACAAUCCAAAUAUCCCUGUGCUGGGCGACGCAGAUCAUGUUGUGGUUCUCGAAUCGGAUGGCGCGAGAGCCAAGGUGACCAAGUCAGGUGUACUUGGCAAGUUGGAACUGGAUCGCGAUGCAAUUUCGUGGCCUGAUCGCGAAUCACUGUUGCCAUUGGAUUGGCAACCUGAGGAGACACCGUCGCCAGAUUUGCUGGCUGUAAUUUCGCUCCUUUCCACGGAUGUGAAAUGGCAGGUUCGUCGCCGUGUGGCUGCGACGUUGGUCUGGUUGCCUGACUCUCUGUUUGGUGAAUUGGCAGCUCGUCUCACCCAAGACACGCAUGCGUAUGUGCGUCGAGACGCGGAACGGGCCAUCGAUCGUCGCCAGCGCGGACUCCAAUCUCGAAAGUCGAGUGUUCAGGGAGGACUGGCCAGUGAAUACUCGUCCAUGGAGCGGCUCUAUGGGUCCAUGCCAACACGCAAGGCACGCCGAAUUGUCGAGAAACACUUCGAUGCACUCGUUGGCGGGACAGUCCAUAACAUGCGAGGCCUGUUGACACCAAUCACGCAUAGUGCCGAGGAACUUCAGGCACUCGCGAACUCCGGCAGCGUCAAUCGAAAAUUGUUCAAUCGUCACACGCAGGCGAUCAUCGAUCGGGUGGGAGACCUGCAGCAGUUCUUGGAUGACAUGCGUGCCUAUGCGCUGGCAACGCCCAGCCAGCGCAGACGAGAACGUCUCGUCGAUCUGGUGAAUGAAGCACUGGAUGUUGCUUGUCGUCAUUUUGAGGAAAUUGGUCACGAUCCGCAGAUGAUCGAAAUUAGGUUGUCGAUUCCCGGAUCGAUUACCGCCGAGGUCGCCCGUCAUCAGAUUCUGUCCGUAUUCACAAAUCUAUUGCGGAACGCGUUUGAGGCGUUCCGACCGCUGGAAAAUGAUAUUGGACCAUUCUGGAUUUCCGUCUCAGCGACUACAGAUGAUGACCGCAUUUCGAUUCUGUUCGAAGACAACGGAGUUGGAUUCGGUGAAGACGAUUUGAUGCAUAUUCGAGAAUUCAUUCCUGGGCACAAGACGCUCAAGCAUGAUGGCACCGG